AAUGACCAGUACCACAACAAAGCGACACUUCCCCCACCUCCCCAACCAAAGCUUCUCCACGAAGCCGAGCCGAAACCCUAACGCCCUCCCAACCCCCCCCCCCCCCCCCCCCAGUUCCAGAACCAUCUAGAAGCGUCCUUGGAGGGCGGCGAUUCCCAUGGACGGCGCCGCCUCUCCGCCGGCGUCGGCGGAGGAGGAACCCUCCAGCGGCGCAGUGGACCCGGACCCCCGCCGCCCACCCGCCGCCGCCGCCGCCGCGAUGAUCGUGCCUGAGGAGGACAAGGAGGAGAAGGGGCAAGGGUACGUGGAUUCGCUACUGAGGGUAUCGCUUCAUCUGCUCCGGAAUGGUUUUGUUCCUGAAGUCCAGCGCCAAGGCCUGAAGCUGAUGCUGCACCUGUUGAGAUUUAGGUGGGAUGAGCUUCGCAUCGAGGAGUGGAGUAGGAGUACAUUCGGUGAUGAUGCUGAUUUGAUAGCAGGGUUAUAUGGCACCACUGAUAUAUUACCUUCAAAGAGUGAUGUAGCUGCUUUAAUGGCGGAGGUAACUUUGAAUGGUGGAAUUUCUUUAUUGAAUGAUUUGCUCCCUUCAAUUAUUUCUCUAUCAAAGAGAGGUCCCACUGAGGCUGAGUUGGCUGCCUUCAUUUUGAAGUCGAUUUCGGAUUCUAGGAUUGAUUGUGGAGUAGAUCCAGAUGGUGCUCAAUUUGAGGCAGUUUUAAGUGGUCUAGAUGAGGCUCUGCCAAAUAUUAUGCUGAUCCUUUCUUCAUUGCUCGAGAACCAUGGUGGAGCAGUUGUUGCUAAACAGCCAGACCAGCUAAUUGUAUCAAGUAAAAAACAUGCGUUGACAGUAACAGCUUGCUUGCUUGCUGCAAAUGCAUAUGCAAAGUGGGUUCCUGUGGUAUAUCUUGCAAAAUAUGGUUUAAUUGAACGAUGCAAGUCCUUCCUUAAUUUCAGUAAUACCCGUGUUCUUGCUUUGCAGUUUUUUAAAGUCAUCUGUCAGAGAAUAAGACCACUUUGUGCUACAGAGGAUUAUGACACUGCAAUGAGCCUGGUCUUCUGGAUCUUGAUGAGCAUUUCAAAAGAUUCUUUGACCAAAUUUAAAACCCAUUCUGGUUUUCUCAGUGAAAGCCAGCUUAACUUUGCCGGGCGGAUUUGUGAGUGUUUGAUUGCUCUGGGUUCCUCAAACAUGCAGUUUAUUAUUACAGAUGGAAAUAGGGCCACCCAUUUCUUUCGACAGAUGCUGGAAUAUUUCCAACAUUCUAAGUUUGCACUUCAUUUUCGGUCUAUGCAAUUUUGGCUGAUGGUGCUAAAAGAACUGUCCAAAGAAAAUUUUGUUGCCUCUGAUCCUGGGGUUGUUGCUUCUGCUGUCAAUCCUGCAUCUGUUGCCAAUUCAACUGAGAAGGGAAAUAAUGGAGCAUUUGUUUUUGUUAGCGACUAUAUAUGCAAAGGAAUUAUGGACUUUUCACUCAGAAGAAUACUCAAGAAAUCUGCUGCCACAUCUCUAGAGUUGUUGGAGCUUUGGAGUGAUGAACUUCAUGGAAAGAAUGGCUUCAUACAGUACCGCUCUAUACUGUUGGAUCUCAUCAGAUUUAUUGCUUAUAAAAGACCGAUCAUUGCCGCCAGCAGAGCUGUACAGAGAAUUAACUGUAUUAUUGAAGAUGCAAGUGCAUUAUCAAAAUACCCUAAGGAUUUGGCAGCUAUUGAAAGCGCUCAGCUAGGGCUUGAAAUGGUUGUCAAUGCAAUAUUUGAUGAUUCGGUUAUGAUCAUUCUGGAUACAAAAUUUCCUUUGCUGGAAAUAUACAAGAUAUUUGAAGGUCUACUUAUGCAGCUUCUAUCCUUGAAAUGGACCGAACCAAGGCUUGUGGUGAUCCUGGGGCACUAUUUGAAUGCGUUAUGUCCCUUUCUAAUACACUUUCCAGCUUCAGUUGCCAUGGUUGUGUCUAAGCUUUUAGAACUAUUGUCAUCAAUCAAUGUCGAUUCUCAUGAUCCUUCAAAAGCUCAGUAUGCCAGAUUGCAAAUCUGCACAUGCGUCAUUCACAUAUGUCAAGCUGUUGAUGGAACUUCUCUUCCUUCAGAUAUGAAGGGUUUAUUCUCUGUUCCACACGUUACUGAAGAAGAUGUGCUAGCCUUUGUCGCAAUUAACAGAACUGCUUAUUCUGUGGAACAGAAGCAUGUAAGGGGUGAAGGAAAUCAGGAUGGAGAUGCUACACAACCCUCCUCUGCCUCUUACACAAUGCCAUCUCCUCCAAGUUCGUAUCUGACAUUAGGACUGCGUCCUUGGGCUCUGAAUGGUGAAAAUCCAGGCUUAUCCGUUGCUCUUCCCUCUUUUCAUUAUCUGUCCACUACACAACCUUCUCUCGUUUCCUGUUCUGUUCAUUCAUUUCCCGAAUCUAAUGGUAUUGCUUGUACCUUGAGCCAAAAGAAAUUAGACCACAAUCUCAUCCUUGGUUCAGUGCCUAUCUCUUGGUUGAGGUUGGGUACAAAAUCCCAGAGUAGAAAUAAAGGCACGAGUUUGAACCUUAGUCCAGCAUCUCAAAUGAGUACUGAAAAUUGUAGCAGCAGUUCUCUACCCUGUUCCAGUUCUGCUUGUUUGGCUCUUGUUAAACAAAGACAACAGUUGCAUGCCAAUGGGGAACUUCUUACUCAUGUUUCCCCUUCGACGCAAGUUGGUGAGAGCCAACCAAUCAACAUAUUUGAAGACUGCGGUCAAGGGAAUGAUCAAGAACAAAAUACUGUUCAGGGUAUUGUUACUGGUGAUUUUGAAGGAUCCACCGAGUCUGUUGAUGAAAAAAAGUUGGGUAUUGUGGGAACAAUGUCAUGCCAUCAAGAAAAGGACCAGCUACUUCUUAUGGAGCAUAAUAUCUUAUCUGAAACAUUUGUCACUGUGGCAUCCUUUCCUAGGAUUCAAGAUAGGAACCAUUUGCUUGCAGAUCUUUUGCACACUUUAAACAAAAUUUGGACGCAGCCAGACUGGGAAGACACAUAUAUCCGUUAUAAAUAUCGUUUGUCUGGUCUUUUUGCCAACGAUCAAUUUACGAGGAUUGUUCAUUCGUUGGUAAAAUCAUUUGAGGAGGAGUUUACAGGUAACAGAGUUGUAGAGUCUGCAGGAGCUCAGGAAGGAUAUUCUUCAGCAUUUGCUCUUGACUCAUGUACCCUUCCAAAGUUGAUGCUUUCCCUAAUCUUACGGGUGCUUAAUUGUAUACAAACACUUUGGAAGGAACCAAUUACUUAUGAUCUGUCAGGAGUAAUAGCUAAAGACAUAAGUUUUCUACUGGAGGAUGGUGAACACCCUGAGAUUGAUGAAGCUAAACUGCUGAAAAACGCAGGAACCUGGUUACAGGGAAUUCGAGAGGCUGGGUACAAUGUCAUUGGUUUGUGCGCCUCAGUUGACGGAGCAUUCUAUGGACUAUUAGACCGUUCAAGUAUCGUCAAUGUUCUCAUGGAAAAAUUGAGAUCCAUGGAAUUUAAUCAUUUGGGAAAGCUCAUACUACUUGUCCUCAUUCCAUUGGUUAAAUAUUGCCCUCAAGAAUGUUGGGAUGAAUGGAUGGUCGAGUUGUUGGAACCUAUAUUUAGCUACUGUGAAGAUAUUUUUUAUUAUGCAUGGUUCACUUUUCUUCAUGAGGGCCAAGCUAAAGUUCCAGCUUAUUUUGGUAAUCUCAAUGGAUCAGAAGAAAUAGUCAACCAAUUUGAAAAGGAGCUAUUGCUUAAAUUUACUCGUUCUGUAUCUGAUCUUCUCGGGGUUUUAGCAUCAGAAAGAUUGAAUAGUGGGCUGUCAUUGUUACCUUUUCGACCAAAAGAUAGCACGAAAGCUGAUUUUCAAGACUUGAAGUCCAUAUCUUCCAACUCCCUUAUUGGGUUCCUUUUACACCAUAAUUGCUUUGGGAGGUUGAGUAUGUACCUAUUUGGGUGUUUGGUGGAUCAUCAAGCAGCAAAGAAAGCAUUGCCAUUUUGCUAUGCUUUGAUCUGUCUAGCAAUCGCUACUAAUCUUGAGUGGCUGAACCAGUUUAUUCUUAAUGAAAUGCUUCCAACUGUUAUCCUACUUCUUGGUGGUCUCCGGUGUCCAAUCUCAGAGCUUAGUUCCUCAUUAAAUUCAACCACAAAAGAAGAUGCUAGGAAUGAUGUUAUUCAUCUUUGUCAGCAAAUCUACAAAGUUUACAUAGAUAAUCAGGUUAUUGUGGGUGAAGGGGCGGACAGUGAAAACAUGUCUGGUCGCUUCGAAGAUUGGUUAGCAAAGGAAGUGGAAGAUCUUCGUACACGUUCUUCUUGUUCUGCGCCAGAGUAUUUUCCAGAAGAUGCCAUCUGGAAAUGGGAGUUUAAUGAAGAAUUUGAAAGAUACCUUCCUGCCUAUAUGAAUAUGCUGGAUGAAGUGGAUGCAAUGAAUGACUGCUUGAAGGAUACUUAUUUGGGCUGUGAGAUUCUUGAGAAAUUGAAACCUGAAUUUAAGUCGAGGUAUGGCAUUAUCAACUAUGCGCAUCCUUAUUUGCGGACCAUGUCUCGUAUGUUAAGGCGAAAGAGGUCUGCUGUAUAUUACCAGAGUCGUACGAAAUGGCUCUCUCAACUUUUGUCCCGACUUAUUACACUAAAACCUUAUAUUAAGUUCACUGAUUCUUGGGAAAGUGUUAUGGAGCGUCUUCAUGAAAACUGUGAAUCGCAGUUUGAUCCUUUGCAAUGUGAUCCAGCAAGCGCAGUUACAAUUUUCUUUGAUUCAAUACUGUCUUACUGGGAGCCUCAGUUUCACCCUUUGAUACGUGAGAGUCACAAGGAUUUACUGACAACAAUAGCUUGUCAAUUAGCUUCAGCAGAAGAGGAUGUACUAUUUGAGCCACUGGAACCACACCCGGAUGAUUUCUCGGAGUAUUUGCAGCCCUAUGCAUGGAUGUAUAUUAAGAGAAAGAAGGAAGAAUCUGGGUAUUUUAGGUUUGAAGAACAAGUACGCUUGCAUGAAGAGUUUGACAAUCAUUUGGCUUCAGGCUCACUGGAUCAUCGUAUGAACGAGUUUAGUUGUUCUAAGGAUGACUUUGUCCAUAAUGUUGUUGCCAGUGACUUUGAGAACAGUCCGUUUGCAACACUGGACCAUGAUCUCAUGAAAAUGUCCUUUGAGCGAAGGGCUAUAAUUGUUGAAUGGGAACAUCAAAUAUCCUCUUACUCUCAGUGCUUAACAUCUCUCCUGAAAAGUGAUGAGAUGAAGAAUGAACUUGGAAAUUUGAUGAGUGCGCUGAAUGCAGAAGGCUUUUUCAGAGUUAAUGAUGAUUCUAUGGACUGGGAUAAUAAAUUGUUUUCAGAUUCAGUAGACAAAUUCAAGAAAGUGGUUUUCUCUAGGCAGUGCAUUGACAAAUGUCUUGUGAUCCGAGGAAUAAUGGAUUAUCAAAACAUCUUGCAAAUGGAGGAUAUCAACUGGCAAGAUGCGUUUAGAAUGGUUGUUAGUAAUACAAUUUACUUGUGGAAGGAAAAUCUUCAACAGUUUUGGGUGACCACAAGACACUAUAAACAUGAAUACUAUGAGACACUUAAGCAACCACUUCAAAAGGUGUUUUUAUUAGGUGGAGCACCAAAACUGAAGUAUUGUUGACAGAUGCACUGUACUUGUUACCGUCGUCAAGACCUGAUUUAACCACAUUCUGAGUGUAACAGAUGUAUGAAGCAAACUUUUUGGGCAAAUCAUGCAAGCAAUUUCUUGAAAGCAUGGUCUUCAUAAGCUAGCAGCUUCUUUCCCCUUUUAAAACUAUCAUGUUCAUAUUUCUUGAAACAAUGGUCUUCAUGAGCUGCUGCCCUCGUGGAACUGCUGCUGGAAGUCUGGUGUAUAUCACGCUGGUUGAACUGGAUAGUGGUGAAGCCCUUUCUGCUGUAGCUUCUAAUCUUGGAGAAGUCACCUGAUGUUAAUAUACUUUUGGACUGUGUUAAUAUUAGUCUAUUGCUCUAUGUACAUUUAGAACUAAUAUUAUCCUCAACUAUAUUACCUUCAUUUCGUUUC